UUUAGUUGAAAGAAAUCGAUUUUGAACAGAUCUGAAAAUGUCUUUGGCAAGAUCUCGAACUCCUAUCAGGGGUGCCCCUAGCCCCGCCCCUAGUAGGCGGGCCAGGGAGUCUCCUGCCCCUGAGGGCGGCAGAGAAGAGGAAUCAUCGUUUUGGGAGAAAAUUGGUACUCUGGGUCGGAAGAAGAAAGUUGUAGAGGCGAAGGAGGUUGAGAGCGAGGGAAAAUAUGCAAUAGAUUCUCCAGGUAUGCCCAAGAGCUCCGAGGUACCUCCUGAGGAAUAUCUUCUAGAGGAGAACGAGGAGAGGUCGAUGAUUGAACCGAGGUCUUAUGAGAACCCAAAGCUGAAGGAGUUGAUCAAAAUAAUCAUUGAAUGGAUAAAUGACGAGCUGGUGGAGGAUAGAAUAAUUAUCCAGGAUAUAGAGGAGGACUUGUACGAUGGGCAGAUUCUGCAGAAGCUUCUAGAGAAGUUGACCCAGCAGCUGCUAAGUGUUCCUGAGGUCACACAGUCUGAGGAGGGGCAGAAGAAUAAGCUCAGGAUUGUUCUUGGAGUUGCAAACCGCGUUCUUGGCCUGCAAAAGGGACAAGCACGGUGGAGUGUUGAAAGUGUUCACACUAAGAAUAUAAUCUAUUCCUUACUUUUAAAAACUCGUUUUCUUCUCAGGGCCCCGAUAAGAUUACCGGAGAAUGUUGUUGUUGAUGUUGUAAUCGUCACCAAGAAGGAGGGAGUUCUAACUCACAGAGUGAUCGCUGAAGAGUUAACCUCCCACUAUAAAGAUAUUGGAAUGCGAUGUGAAAGGGAUGCUUUUGAUACUCUAUUUGACCACGCCCCUGACAAGCUUCAGGUUGUGAAGAAGUCCCUGAUCACCUUCGUGAACAAGCAUCUCAACAAGAUCAAUUUGGAGGUCACUGAUCUGGACUCUCAGUUUUCUGACGGUGUUUACCUUUGUCUUCUCGCCGGUCUACUGGAGGGGUACUUUGUUCCACUUUACGACUUCCACCUUACUCCUCAGUCCUUUGAUGAGAAAGUUGCCAAUGUUACCCUGGCCUUUGAACUCAUGAUGGACGGUGGUCUGCCACAACCCAAGGCAAGACCUGAGGAUAUUGUCAACCUAGAUCUGAAAUCUACUCUCAGGGUGUUGUACAAUCUCUUCACCAAGUACAAACAUCUCAGCUAGGCAGUUAAUAUGUACAUUACAACUGUACAAUGUACACGUACAUGGAAAUAUCAUGUUCAUGAGAAGUAUUUUCACAUCCUUAGCUUACUAAUUUUUAAUCAUACUGUACAUUUUACUAAAUUAUUUCAAAGAACAAAUGUACAGUUUAACUCCAGCCUAUGUACACAACUAGAAUUUUAUUACAUUAAUCUGAAGUAUAUUUUCUACUUUGUUCUAACAGUUCUAACUAAUUCACCAAUGUGCCAAAUCGACCAAUUUUGAUGUUAAAAAUAUUUUCUUGUACUCUUGUAUGUGCCUUUGUGUUCUACUAAACUUGACAAAAGAAAUUUUACAAUUAUUUGGUGCUAACUGUUUGUUAACUGAUAUGUAAAUGUUCAAGAGUUUUAUUUAUUAUGAAAUCUCUAGUCCUUGUUAUUGUUUAUAUACUAACUUAUGACAUAACUAUUUUUUUUUCUGUAAUUUCAUUUGUAUUUGACCUUAAUUUUCUCCGAGAAAGCAAGUAUGUCGGCGUUAAAUAUUUUAUUUUUUGAUUAAAAAACUACAAAAUAUUAACUGAUGUCUAUAUUUUAACAAUAGAUCUGUUCCUUACCUCAAACUCUAACCGUUUUCAGAAAA